AUGGAAAACACCACUGCAUCUAAUGAUGAAAAGGUUGAUAAGAACGAAUAUAAAUCAACGACUUUCUCUUACCAUGUUUCAUAUAUAAAAGGGUUGGAUCAUGCUGGCUUAGUUUGCAAGAGUUUGAAAAGUAAGAAAAUGGAGGAAUUGGUGAAGAAGAAUGGAGAAGUUCUUCAAAGAGGCAAAUACUGUGUGACAGGUUCCACAGGGUAUAUUGGUUCAUGGCUGGUGGAAGCUCUUCUUCAAAGGGGUUUCACAGUUCAUGCCACUGUCAGAGAUCCCGCAAAGUCAUUGCAUCUUCUGUCUCUGUGGAAGGGUGGUGACCAAUUGAGAUUUUUCAAAGCGGAUUUGAAUGAAGAAGGAAGCUUCGAUGAGGCUGUAAAAGGGUGUGUUGGUGUGUUCCAUGUUGCUGCCUCAAUGGAAUUCAAUGUUAGUGAGAAAGAAAACAAUGAGGUUUUUGUUCAAGAAAACAUAAUUGACCCUGCUAUCAAAGGAACCAUAAACCUUCUCAAGUCUUGUUUGAAAUCCAAUUCUGUGAAAAGGGUUGUCUUCACAUCUUCCAUUAGUACAGUCACUGCCAGAGAUAGCAAUGGAAAUUGGAAACCAAUGGUGGAUGAAUCUUGCCAAAUCCAACCAAAAAAUGUGUUGAAUACUCAAGCAAGUGGAUGGGUUUAUGCACUUUCAAAGCUUCUCACAGAAGAUGCAGCAUUUCAAUUUGCAAAAGAUAAUGGCAUUGAUCUUGUGUCAAUAAUCACAAGCACUGUUGCAGGCCCAUUCUUCACUGCUAGUGUACCAAAAAGUGUUAAAGUUCUAUUGUCCCCUUUAACAGGUGAAACUGAGUAUUUCAAAAUAUUAUCUGCUGUAAAUGCAAGAAUGGGAUCAAUAGCUUUAGUUCACAUUGAAGAUAUAUGCAGGGCUCACAUGUUCCUGAUGGAGCAUGCCAAAGCAGAAGGGAGAUACAUAUGCAGCAGCCAAAGUUGUACAUUGUCUAACUUAACCACUCUUAUUUCCAGAGUGUAUUCAUGUUCUAACAUCUGCAUGAAGGUUGAAAAAGUUUAUGACAAAGUUCUCUCUGACAUCUCAUCAAAGAAGCUAGAAGAUUUGGGGUUUAGCUACAAGCAUGGCCUUGAAGAUAUAAUUUAUCAAACAGUUACAUGUUGCUUAGACUACAGUUAUUUACCUCCUGUUUAGGUUGCAGUUUUUCAUACCAUUAAACAUGAUUUGAAAAACUCAAGUUUGGUGUUUGUCACACAAAUAGAUGAUGUACUCCUCUUCCAAACCAACAACUUCCUUGAA